UGUACCUUCUCUAAAUUUGAUUCAAUGUUCCCAAUUUUGAGAAUUUCUACGGAAGCUUUGGAGCUAUCCCAGUCGCAAAAUUUACAACCACCGUCGCAUGGAUGGUCAAUUAGAGAGCCUCUAUAAUGGAACCCUCAAUGCGCCUAGCGGGUUCUAAUACUUGCCGGUCGUGCCUAAGACUCUCCUCAGUCAAUGCUUCUCGCCCAGCCGUAACAAGGUCAUUCAGUAAAGCUACCUCUUCACGAUCGUUGCAAAGAAGCGGCGCAUCUAGCCAGGGAAUACAUACAAAACGACCUGCGCCCGCUACAAAACCCAGUGGCAAACUAUCGAGGUCCAUAUCUCUAUUCGGCCAACAGCCGAAGACAACCGAUGACGAUUCAGUUACUCUAGGAUCGGCUGCGUCAUACGAGAACCGCUCCAGGCCACCCGUUCUUCGCCCCGACGAUUUAUUUCACUCCUUUACCAAUUCGCCCAUUCCCGAAAUACGGCGUCGCGCUGCUUAUAUACGGCAACAUGCAUAUUGUCCGCAUCCCGACCAUCGACCCACACGAAUACCAACAAAUACCGACGCCCCACCAAGUGAGGCCAGUUCCGGAUCCAAAGCGCCUGUCCACGUAGACUUUGAAUGUCCGGAUUGUGGAAUUCCUGUCUAUUGUAGUGAGAAACAUUGGGCCGAGGAUUACGAGGCGCAUCUACAGAUUUGUGACACUCUACGGCAGAUCAAUGAAGACGACCAUGAUCUUCGAUCGGGGAGGUUUUUUCCCGAAUUCGAGUAUGCGGGGCCGCAGAUGGAAGAAGCUGCUGUUAAUAUGACAAAUUGGGAUACUUUCCUCUAUACGAGGCAAUUCGAAGCUAUCAAUGAUGACAGAAGCAUGCGACAAGUCACAAGACUAUUAACCUAUCCCAUUACGGUAGGCAGUAUUCUUCACGAGCUCAGUCCAUACAAUAUCAGGAAAGGUGGCAGGCUUACGCCCGAAGGCUUGAAGAGUUUAAGUGCCCUGCGAUAUACCUUGCAUCCGCCCAAAACUGGUGGUGGAGAGGGAAUCAAAGGCCUACGACCUGAAGCGCCUCCUGUGAGGAUAUUCAUACUCGGCGCUCGUGCUGAGUCGUCUCUUCCUCGAAACGUCUGGGUACAACUAGCUCAUCUCUUCCCUCGAGGGAAGUUCCACCUCAUCUUCAUUGGACCUGAAAGCAUGACCAAUCGAGACGACGAAUUCCCAUUACCACCCCGAACUCCAUCUAAUCCAUUUGGUGCCAUAGUGGAAGAUCGAGUUUGGCCGACGAUGAAGAUUAGCACGAUUGUGGACUACUAUCAUACACUUCAUAAAACCGGCCAGUUUUAUCCAUACGAUCCCUAUUUUGACUGUUUCGUCAUGUUCCACCCAGGAUUAGGCCAUCCGGCUAGUUCCCACGAGUGGUCAGAAACGGUACCACUACUCCUAGAAACAAAAGCCCCGAUUAUAGUGACUGGUUAUACACAGUAUGACAUGGACAGGGACAUCGAGUGGGUGAAGAAAACUUGCGGUAGCGAGUUUGAUAUGCUCAUGGAACCCGGCGAGAACACCUUUAGGAGUUUACGUUGGGAUCUGAAUGACCUUGACCCGCAAGAUGUCAGUUGUGGUAAUUGGGGUGUAUGGGCUUUCCGAGGCAAGAGGUAUGAGGCGACAACCAAAAAAACUGAAUAGAACAGAAAUGUACAGUUAUCAUUCACAUGGCUAGUUGGAUGCGAAAUUAGAAGGCCUUAACUAUGUAUAAAAUAAUCCAAGGAAAAUAGCCAUCUCAAACUCCAAUUAAACGAUGCGACGAGAUCUCUCAGUUCCAGCUACGUUUUCCAAGAAUUUUCUUAUAGAGAACUUCCCAGCAAUGGAAAAAAAAAAUAGGGACAUGAUCAAAACCCCCUAUUCUCUUAUAUAUCUCUAUAAUACGUGCUCUAUAUGAGGCUCAAUGAUGUUCUAAAAACAAAGCAUGGCCAUCCUUGUAUACAUGCAAGUUAAAAAGCGAUGAUACCUUAAACUGAAGUCUGUAAUGGCCUGUGCUUCGGCAGCGGAGCGCUCCGCUG